AUGGCAGCCAACAUCUCUGGGGCCGCGCACGGCUCGCUGCUGGAUGACAGCUUUGGGGAUGACCUGGUGUCCGACUGGUACAUCUACGAGACGGCAGAGCCAGCUGCACCGCAGGAUGACAUGUUUCCCAGUACCGUCCCAGACUGCGACCCUACUGUUUCCCCCAGGCUGUACCACACCUGUAUGGCACCCAUCUCCCUGGCCGUGCUGCUGGGCUUGUCCUUGCUGGUGAAACGCAGGCGUCUCCACCGGGACUGCUGGAACGGCAUCCCUGGGCUGCUCAGCCCAGCUAACUUCCUGGAGGAGGAGGGCAACAGAGGGCUGAUGGCCGCGGUGUUUGGCAUCCUCUUCUCCUCACUGUGUGUGCUGGUGCUGGAUGCCGACCCUCUUCCGCUCAUCACCCACUCCUCCCAGCACAGCCGGGAGUACUGGAAGAUCCUGGCUUUGCUCUACUACCCUGCCUUCUACUACCCCUUGGCUGCCUGUGCCACGGUGGGGCACAGGGCCAGCUACCUGCUGGGCUGCCUGCUCUCCUGGUGCCACUGUGUGGUCCACGUCUGGCAGAAGGUGGACUGUCCCCAGUCACCAAAGAUAUAUAGGUAUUACUCCACACUCUCUUAUGUCCCCAUCAUCCUCUGCCUCAUGGUCUUAAGUCUGUGGUACCCAGCCCUGCUGAUCAGGAGCUUCACAGGAAAGGAGGAGAGCUCAAACAAGGAGGUUACAGGGAGAGGCUAUUACAAGAAGUACCUCAAAGCUGUGCUGUCCAGGCGGCUGCAGAAGGGGAGCACCCCAAAGCUAGAGGAGAGCUUCCUGUCCCGGCUCCGUGCCUAUCUGUGCUCCUACAUCUAUGCUCCAGAGGAAGGUUUCCAGCUCCCGCUGAAGCUCGUUCUGUCCAUGACCACGUCAGUCAUCGCUGUCUACCAGGUGGCCCUGCUGCUGCUGGUGGCCUUUGUCCCCACCAUCCAAAUCGUGCGAGCAGGCAUGACAAAGGACGUGGUGGUGCUGCUGGUGCAGUUCGGGCUGGUGCCCUCAGAAAACCCAGGCAUGCCGGGGGACAUGGAGAAGGAACUCAGCACCGUCAAGCACUACCUGUGGUCGCUGGAAGUGUGCUACGUGUGCUCGCUGGUGCUGUGCUGUUUGCUGACCCUUGCCAUGCUGCUGAGGACGCUGGUGAUGCACAGGAGCAACCUGAAGGUACUGUACCAAGGGGCUGUGCUCGAUGUCUUCUACAAAGCCCACAUCCUCCGCCCAUCCCGACAAGCUGUUGUCUGCUGGAUGAGCUUUGCCAGUUUCCAGACAGCUUUUGCCUGCCUGGGUCUCCUCAUCCAGCAAGUGAUUUUCUUCAUCUGCUUUGCUGCCUUCACCUUCCUUAUUGUCAUCCCGCUGCAGUCCGGCACAAGCUCAUACCUCUUCAAAAUCGUGCAGAACAUGUGGCCCUUCUGGCUGACCCUGGUGGUGGCUGUCAUCGUGCAGAACGUGGCUGCUCACUACCAGUUCCUGGAGCAACAUCCCCUGCGGAAAGAGCUGACCAACAGACGAGCUCUCUACAUUGUCACUUAUCUGCUGUUUCCCAUCAAUGUGCUGGUGGGGAUCCUGGCAGGGGUCUGGAGGAUGGUUAUCUCUGCCCUCUACAACACCAUCCACUUCUGCCAGUUGGACAUCAGCCUGCUGAACCGUGGUGUGGAGACAUUUGACCCAGGCUACCACGCAUACUGCCACUACCUGAAGACAGAGGUCAGCCAGUCACACCCACUGAUGAGAGCCUUCUGCCUGCUGCUCCUCCAGCCUGUGAAGCCACAGGGGCCACCUGAGCCCCGGACAGGGGACUUAGAGGAAGGCCUCCAGCUGAUGCACACCAAGAAGGCACCAUCGGGAGGAGGCCGAUUGAAACGGAGCCGGGCACGCUGGUGGUUGGCCUACACGCUCCUCAACAACCCCUCGCUGAUGGCCUGCAGAAAAACUGCCCUCUGUGAUCCCACAGCCAACGGAGCCCAGCUCAGCCCCCCCAAGCCCUGA